CAUUCUGGAAGGACUACGCGCCGGGCGCAGCGUGAGGUUGCGGAGCCGGGGUUAGACCCUGCGCAAUUUGCGUAGCGAACGGCGCCCGCGCAGGCGCAGGAGGGGGCGGAGCCGCAGGAGCCGGGGAGCCGGAGCCCGGGAGCCCCAGGUCCCAGCGACCGGAGCCGGCUCCCCCUGAGGCGGACUGAGGGCCUGGCGUCGACCUCCUCCCGCCUCCCGCGGCUGCAGAGUGGACGCAGUGGGGGGUGGGUCGGAGGCAGCGUACGGAAUCCCGAGGACUGAAGGCAGAGCCCCCCCCAACCCCAUCCGGAUUAUUGGAGGGGAGAGAGCCCGCAUUUUGAGGAGGGGGAGAGCCGGUUGUUCAGCGCCCCACACAGCGGCCGCUGUCCAGAGCCAACAGGCGUCGGUCGGCUCUCCCCCUCCUGCCGGGACGUCUGGAGCGACCAAAGCCAAGGACCCCUCUCCUUCAGCCUCUGCACCCCCAAGCUCCUGGCUCUGGGACUGGCCCAGGGAGGCGACACUCCCCACCUCCACCCCCAGCCCUGGAGAAGAGAGACUCCUUCCACGCUCCUGAGUGAAGGGCCCAGGCCCAGGCCCCAGGCCGCCAGUGCCCCGCUGCAAGGGCGAGUGUCCCUCUGUUUCAGGGAAGGGCCUGGCCACAACUUCUUUCCAUCUGAACUCCCCAUCUCUGUCUCUGCACCCUGCAACUCCCACCCCUCCAUAUUUAUUUUUAUUUCCCUGGCCUCCUGCCAGCCCCUCCAUUUCUCUCAGGAUUCAGGCCUCCCUCCCUGACAUGGAGAGUAACCUGUCUGGCCUGGUGCCUGCUGCUGGUCUGGUGCCUGCGCUGCCACCGGCCGUGACCCUGGGGCUGACCGCGGCCUACACCACUCUGUAUGCCCUGCUGUUCUUUUCCGUCUAUGCCCAGCUCUGGCUGGUGCUCCUGUACGGGCACAAGCGUCUCAGCUAUCAGACGGUGUUCCUGGCGCUCUGUCUGCUCUGGGCUGCCUUGCGUACCACCCUCUUCUCCUUCUACUUCCGAGAUACCCCCCGAGCCAACCAUCUGGGGCCUCUGCCCUUUUGGCUUCUCUACUGUUGCCCUGUCUGCCUGCAGUUCUUCACACUGACGCUUAUGAAUCUCUACUUUGCCCAGGUGGUGUUCAAGGCCAAGGCGAAGCGUCGGCCAGAGAUGAGCCGAGGCUUGCUGGCUGUCCGAGGGGCCUUCGUGGGGGCCUCGCUGCUCUUUCUGCUGGUGAAUGUGCUGUGUGCUGUGCUGUCCCGGAGGCGCCGGGCACAACCCUGGGCCCUUCUGCUGGUGCGUGUCCUGGUGAGCGACUCCCUGUUUGUUAUCUGCGCUCUCUCUCUUGCUGCCUGUCUCUGCCUUGUUGCCCGGCGGGCACCCUCCACCAGCAUCUACCUGGAGGCCAAGGGGACCAGUGUGUGCCAGGCAGCUGCAAUGGGUGGUGCCAUGGUCCUUCUCUAUGCGAGUCGGGCCUGCUACAACCUGGCGGCCCUGGCCUUGGCUCCCCAGAGCCGGCUGGAUGCCUUCGAUUAUGACUGGUACAACGUCUCUGAUCAGGCAGACUUGGUGAAUGACCUGGGGAACAAAGGCUACCUGGUGUUUGGCCUCAUCCUCUUUGUUUGGGAGCUGCUGCCCACUACCCUGCUGGUGGGCUUCUUCCGGGUGCACCGGCCUCCACAGGACCUGAGCACCAGCCGCAUCCUCAAUGGGCAGGUCUUUGGCUCCCGUUCCUACUUCUUUGACCGGGCGGGGCACUGCGAGGAAGAGAGCUGCUCCUGGGAGCAUGGCCAUGGCCGGGGGGAGAGCACCAGCAUGUCAGGCAGCCUCAGCUCAGGCAGCUGGUAUGGCGCCAUCGGGCGGGAGCCAGGCUGGUAUGGGGGCAGCCAGACGCGGACCACUCCUCUGCUCUUCUCCCAGGUGCUGGGCGCAGGCAGCCACCACCACAGCCUCUAUUCCACUCCACAGACGUGAUCGCCCUCCACCUCUCCCCAAACACUCAGACCCCAAUCCCUCCCACCCCAGGCCCCUGUGCCAAGUUUAUCUGCUGCUUCUUGCCCAGGAUCCCAGGGGCUGUGGCCACCUCCUCCCCUGGCCGGCUCCUUGCUACUUCUCUUGUAGUGAGUUUGUGCCGUCCCCUAGGAUGGGGGCAUGGCCCUGACUGCCAGAUGCGCACAGCACCCUGGCAUGACCUGCCACCUCCGCUUCUAUGCUGGAGCCAGCUACCUCUCCUGUGUCUGCCACUCAAUAAAGUGUCUGUGCCCCA